GCAAUCGAGUGUCGACUUGGCUGUAUCUCCGCAGUGUGGCUCUCUGCUGUAUCCGUAUCCGUAUCCGUAUCUGUAUCUGUGCCCGUGGCUGUGCAUCUGUGUAUCUGAUUUGCUUCCAAUUUACGUGUACCCAGUCGUUCGCUUCUUUCCUGCAAAGGCUGUCAUCCCCCCAAAGCUUCAACGCUAGAAGAGAACAGUAACAGAAACAGACGCAGCGAAAGCGAAGCAGCGUACAAAGCAACAAACAAAGAAACAAGAAACAAAAAGGAAUAAAUAAAAGACUGAGCAACGUUCAAGCAAAAUCCAAGGAACAACCACAUUAGCAAUCUCCCCCAGCACCAACACUCUCUCUCUCUCUCUAUUUCUCUCUCUCUAUCUCUUGAUAACUGUAUAACUAAGCGCUACAACAAAGUAAGAAGAUCUCAGAAAAAACCCGAUAAGCAAUACUAUAUAGAGAAGAGAGCGCCAUCUAACGCCCAACAGCCGCAACCAGCAGCAUUGUAUAAUGUUAAGCAGUCUCGCAACGUUUCUAUUUGGAGCGCCAGCAACGUCCGAGUCCAGCAGCAACAACGAAGUGAAUCCCGCGCAGGCCAGCGAUCCCUGUGAUACCGCCAUCGAACAGGCCCCAUCCCCGGGAGAUGUAAUUGAGGUGACCUCAUCGACGCCAUCCGUAGCGGGCAACAGCAGUCGCGGCCCGGUGCGCGCCUCCCCCAACGGCAAGAGCCGUGGCAAGAAUCGCCGUGGCAAGCAGAGAUACAACCAGCAACAGCAGCAGCAGCAGCAGCAGCAGAGGAAGCAGCAGACUGCGACGAUAACGAAGCUACUAACACCCACUGGUGAGACCCCCAUUGAGGAGGACUUUGACGAGGACGAAUGGUAUAUUGUAGAGAAGGAGGACGAGGAGGACGACUCUCUGCCACGCAGCGACUCCGAGGAGGAGCUCUCCGUUGUCGAGGUCCAGCAGCAGCCGAAGGCCGCAACCUCCUCCUCCUCCUCCGGCCAUGGCCAGGCGGUAUCGGGGUCAUCGCGCCAUCGGCGCCAGCACAUCAAUUCGCAUUCCCUUUACAGCGGUCCGCGGCCGCAGCAGCAGCGCAACCACUUGCAGCGGUCCCGCGUGGCCCGUCCGCUGAGCAUCUCCACCCUGAGCCCGCCCAGAAGUGUGCCCCCCAGCAGCCUGGCGGACCUUGACAAUGUCAGCCAGUCGCUGUACGUGGCCUCGCCAAGCGGCAGCGACCACGGCCAGGGCCAGGGUCAGGGUCAGGGUCAGGGUCAGGGUGCGAACGUGCUGAUGGAGGAGUCCUGGUACGUAACACCGCCACCAUGCUUCACCUCGAUUGGGCCAAUCAAUAUGGAAACUUCACCAUUUGAGAAUCUAUUGAUUGAGCAUCCAAGCAUGUCUGUUUAUCGUAGUAUUAGGUCCACCCAGGAGGGCACCGAAAGUUUUGUAAAUCUUGAUCUCGGGGUGGCAGCGGAGGCGCCACAAUCGGAGCUGGCUCAGCAGGAGGCAGCCGAGCCGGAGCAGGCCCAGGCCCAGGCCCAGGCCCUCCACGAGCAGCGUCCGCAUAGCGCUCGCUUCGAUCGCCAUGCGGCGGCCCAAUUGAAGCAGGAGACUCUGGCACGCCAAAGCCAGAAGAGCAACAACAAGAAGCAGCAUCAGCAGCUGUGCCGCAGCGCCAUCAAGCGGUCCAACAAGGUGCGCGAUUUCCAGGCCAAGUCCCAUCGCCCACGCCGCUCGGAGAUGCAGCACUGCAAGCUGGUCAGUGGCGCCAACAACAACCGCAAGUGCUGCUUCUAAGUGCAGCAGCAACACCACCACCACCACCACCAACAACCCCCCCUCUCUCCACUAACCCCUGGAGGAGGAGCAUUACAAUCAUGGCAAAAGCAGCGCGAGGGCAGGCCGCGCUUCGAUUUUAAUUAGUAUUUUAACUUAACCCCAAAAAAAGAAA